CAAACCGUCAAUUCAGCCCGCCAAAACAACCCGGGUUGUCCAACGGUUUUAAUUCUAAAUCCGGAUCCUCGUCCCACUACGUUUCACUCUUCUCUUUCCUCGUUCUCUCCAGCAUGCAAAACAUGGCAACGAUCAAACAACACCAUCAAUUCUUCGAAUCCCCCAUUUCUUCCCCUCUCAAACCCUUAACCUGAUUUUUUUGUCUCUCGUCUCAAUUCCAUCCUCGCUCUCUACACUGCACUUUAUCUACUGCCAUUCUUUUCCUACCGAUCCAAUUGGAUUUUGCAUUGGACGUUGGAAGUCUGUCUGUUAUUCGGUUCAUUUCUGGUCUUGCAUUUUGGGUUUAAGCCGAUCUAAUUUGGCUGCUGAAAUAUUAUUGGGGCGGCCAUUUGGAUCAUUGCUUUGUCAAAUUCAGAAAAUUUGGAGAGAUCUGUUGCAGUGUAAGAAAAGUGGAGAUUGAGUUGGAGGGUUCUGGAUACACGUGGGGGAAGUAACAGCGCCAUUAGAUGGCGCUGUUCAGACGCUUCUUCUAUCGGAAACCGCCUGAUCGGCUGCUUGAAAUCUCCGAGCGGGUUUACGUGUUUGAUUGUUGCUUCUCCACAAAGGUAUUGGACGACAAUGAGUACAAAACAUACUUGGGUGGAAUUGUAGCUCAGCUGCACGAUUACUAUACUGAUGCUUCUUUCAUGGUUUUUAACUUUAAAGAGCGGGAUAGGAGAAGCCCAAUAUCUGACAUCAUGUCCCAGUACACUAUGACUGUCAUGGAUUAUCCUUUGCAACACGAGGGGUACCCAGUAUUGCCAUUGGAGAUGAUCCACCACUUUCUGCGGUCCUGUGAGAGCUGGUUGUCACUCGAAAGCCAACAAAAUGUGCUGUUAGUGCACUGUGAGACGGGAGGAUGGCCCUUGUUGGCGUUUAUGCUCGCAUGCCUUCUUUUGUACAGAAAACAGUACACCGGUGAGCAGAAGACUCUUGAAAUGGUAUACAAACAAGCCCCAAGAGAACUUGUUUAUCUUUUAUCGCCUUUGAAUCCACUGCAAUCGCAGCUUAGAUAUCUUCAGUAUAUCUCUAGGAGAAGUUUUGGGUUAGAUUGGCCUCCAUCAGACACACUCUUAGCUUUGGACUGUAUCAUACUUAGGUUCCUUCCUCUCUAUAAUAAUGGAAGGGGAUGUCGCCCAGUAGUUCGUGUUUAUGGUCAGGAUCCUUCUUUACUUAAAUCCAAUAAGACUUCCACGCUUCUCUCUUCAACUUCAAAGAUAACUAAACACUCCAGGCUCUACACACAGGAGGAGUGCGAGCUAGUCAAAUUAGAUGUUCACUGUCGUCUCCAGGGAGAUAUUGUUCUUGAGUGCGUACAUUUGGAUGAUGAUCUAGUCAAGGAGGAAAUGAUGUUCAGAGUCAUGUUCCACACAGCCUUUAUUCGCUCAAAUGUUUUGAUAUUAACCCGAGAUGAAAUUGAUAUCUUCUGGGAUUUGAAAGACAGAUUCUCACGAGAGUUUAGAGUGGAGGUUCUCUUUGUGGAUGCUGAUGCAGUUCCAUCUAUUUUCACAACAGAAGAGUUAUCUGAAGAUGCGAGCGAGACAUCAGAGGCCUCACUUGAAGAGUUUUUUGAGGUGGAAGAGAUAUUCAGCAGCAUUGUUGACGGUCAGGAGGGAAGGGACUCAUCUGAUGAUUCCAGUGUUGGAGAAAGCGGACAGGUGGACAAUGAGAGUUAUGAUGUAGUGUGGAAGGAGGAACCGGAGCAACACUCUUUUCUAGAUUGUGCAUCUGAUGAAGGAAACCAAAGGCAUGAUGGUGUGAUUGGUUCAGAUUAUCAGGCAUCAAAAUCCAGCCCUGUACCAAAUGGAAAUGAGGAGUUAGUCUCUAUUAAUAUGUUUCCCGAAUUGUCAUGCACUUCAGAAGGCUCUCAAACUGCAUAUCAAAGUGUUCAGCGCACACAAAAUGAAGGGGAGAAUAAUAAAGAUAGACAAACAACACCCUUACAGAAUUCUGAAAGGCAUGGUUCCACACAGAAAAUUGAAGCUGAUAGUAACAACCAGCAGUUUUACAAUGUAUCUCUUGUUUCUCUGCCACCAGGACACUCGGAACAUGCUGCAGAUGCUUCUCCAGAGAAACAGUCACUAGCAAAGUCAGUUGACAGGGACACUAAUACUGAUAAGGAUAGAGCACCAACACUGAAGCUAGAGAUGCAUGGUCCCAAACAGAGAAUGGAUGCUGAGGGUAACAUGCUGCAGUCUGACAAUGACAAUGUACACCCUGCUUCCCCAAAGAAUCUGCCACUGGAUAAUUCAGACCAUUCUGCAGAUGCUUCUCCAAAGAAACAGGCACUAGCAAAGUCAGUCAUCGGGGAUAAUAAUCAAGAUAAAGAAAUAACGCCAUUACAUAAAUUAGAAAAGCAGGGUUUCCAACAGAAAAUGGAUGCUGAUAGUAACAAACUGCAGUUUGACAAUAUACCUCCUGAACAGCCACUAGCCAACUCAGAACCUUCUUCAGAUGCUUCUCCAAAGAAACAGCCCCAAGCAAAAUCAGAUGAUGGGGACAACAACCAAGACAAAGAAAGAACACCCACGCAGAAGUUAAAAAUGCAGUCUUCCCAACAAACGGAUGGUGAUAAUAACAAGUUGCACUCUGACAAUGUACCCCCUGCUUUCACAAAGAAGCAGCCACUAGCCACCUCAGAACCUUUGAAGGAUGCAUUUGGUGUCAAAAACACACUAAAACAGAUGGAUUCUUAUGAAGGCUCAUGGACCAAUUUAAUUUAUAAAUCAUACCCUCUGUUGAGGAAUUACAGUGCACCACCUUCACUUGAUCUUGCAAAGGAUUUUCAAUCAGGAGGGAAAUCAGAGUCUCAAUCUCCUCAUGCUUUUCCUGAAACCCCUGAUGCAAUAAAUGAUACUACAGGCAUGACAGGGCGUUUAGCAAAACAUUUUUCCUGUCCUGCAUCUUUAGAUACAUCAAUUAAUCAAAUUGCGCCCAUCAUUGUCUCUUCUACUUCUCUGUCAAACGGAUGCCAAGUCCAGCAAGUGCAUCUGCCACCACCACCACCACCACCUCCACCUCCUCCACUUUCAUCCUGGCAUACCAGCUCUCUAUUAUCACAAGCUCCAUAUAAGCGGCUAGUGCAGAUAUCUUCUCCUACUACUCUACAUUUGCCUCAACAUAUGAGCUCUAGCACAACAGUUUCUUCUCUUUGUCUAACUCCUUCCCCACCCCCUCUGCCAACAUUUCCCUUGUUUUCUACUUGUGCUACAGUGAGUACUAUUUCUCCACCUCCACCUCCACCGACAAGACAGCCCCUACCCCUUCCUCAAACUGUUGUUGCAUCAGAAACAACUCCUUGCAGAAAGUGUUUUGAGCUGCUUCCAUCAACACCAACGCCUUCACCCCUACCCCCACCCCCACCUCCACCUCCGCCCCCAUCCCCACCCCCUGCCUCAACUAGUGCAGAGAGUGCUUUUAGGGCUUUGCCAACCUCAUCUCCCCCAACCCCCUCAUUAGGCUGGACCAAUGUCUCUUGCUACACUUCUUCUAUAGUAGUAUCAAGUUCUCCACCACUUCCACCACCACCACCACCACCUCCUCCACCUUUAUAUUCAUCAUCAAUUAUGAAAUCUACUACUGCUUCAUUAUCCACUACAACUUGUCCUAUUUCUCUAUCUCCUAUUUGUAGUCCAACAUUUUCACCCACAAUUCUUCCCCUGGGAUCUUUUAUAGGUGAAAAACUACCUUCCCCGCAUCUUUUACAUGGUGCUCCCCAAUUUCCAUCAUCACAGCCCCUACCUACAUCGCAUGUUGCACCACCACCACCGUUGCCACCUUCUCCAUCGUCCCAAAGUGCUUCAACCCCUCACCGGUCUCCACAACCUCCUCCGAUGAACACUCCUCCAAAGCCUCCACCCCUGCCAACUUUGCAUAUUUCCUUACCUCCAUCUCCUUUAACUAUUGGAAUGCCACCUUCAUCACCAAGUCAUGCCAUAUGCAAAGCUCCAACUCCGCCACCACCACCUCCACGUCUACCUCCUAAGCUUCUAGCACUAUCCCAUCCAAAGGGUGGGGCUGUUGUUUCACCACCUCUAUCCUCUGGAGCCUGCCCUCCUCCUCCACCACCUCCUCCUCCAACCGCGAUAAGAAAUGUUUCUCCACUACCACCUCAAAACCUCAUAGAAGCACCAAAAUCACCACAGCCUCAACAUAGUGGAGCCCCAGUUCCCCCACCCCCUUUGCAUGGUGAAGCAUCACUAGUCCUACCCACUAAGGGAAUUAGAGCACCCCCACCUCCACCACCCCCAGCCCUUGUAGGAGGUGGAGUACGACCUCAUCUACAGUCACCUAGUGUCGGACUACCACUUUCUACACCUCCUCCAAUCCUCAGAAGAACUCCACUUCCCCCAUCCCCUUCAAGUGGCAUAGCACCACCUCCCCCACCCCCUCCAAGAGCUGGAGAACCAAUACUCUCACCCCCUCCAGCAGCACCACCUCCACCUCCUCCCCCUGGAGGUGGAAGAGAACCUAAUGCACCCCCUCCAGGAGCACCACCUCCACCUCCACCUCCAAUCCUUGGAAGAACUCCACCUCCCCCACCCCCUUCAAGUGGCGUAGCACCACCUCCCCCACCCCCUCCAAGAGCUGGAGAACCAAUACUCUCACCCUCUCCCGGAGCACCACCUCCACCUCCUCCUCCUGGAGGUGGAAGAAAACCUAAUGCACCCCCUCCAAGUGGUGCUCCACUUGGCCCUCCACCGAUACCUGGUCCUGGUUCUCAUCAUCCUACAGGUUCACGUGGACCUCCUCCACCACCAGGUGCUCCCGGAACUCCUCUUCCACCAGGGGCUCCAAGACCUCCUGGAGGUGCACCACCACCACCAGGGAGAGGUCUUCCUUCUGGAAGAGGGCGUGGGACUUCUGGAAGAGGACUUGCUGGAGCUGUUCGAAGAUCAACAUUGAAGCCAUUGCAUUGGAGUAAGGUAACCAGAGCACUACAAGGAAGCUUGUGGGAGGAAUUACAGAGACAUGGAGAACCUCAGAUUGCACCAGAAUUUGAUGUGUCAGAAAUUGAGACUCUUUUCUCUGCAGUGGUCCCCAAAUCAGAUAAAGACAAGUCUGGAGGAAAACAGAAGUCUGCUGGAUCUAAACCUGACAAGGUUCACCUGAUUGACUUGAGGAGGGCCAAUAAUACUGAAAUUAUGCUCACGAAGGUCAAGAUGCCACUUCCAGAUAUGGUGUCUGCUGCAUUGGCAAUGGAUGAGUCAGUUUUGGAUGCUGAUCAAGUAGAAAAUCUUAUAAAAUUUUGUCCUACAAAAGAAGAGAUCGAACUGCUCAAGAAUUACACUGGUGACAAGGAGAUGCUGGGGAAGUGUGAACAGUUCUUUCUGGAAUUGAUGAAGGUGCCACGUGUGGAAUCAAAAUUAAGAGUUUUUCUCUUCAAGAUUCAAUUUAACACACAGGUAUCAGAUUUCAGAAAAAGUUUAACCAUCGUGAACUCUGCUUGUGAAGAGGUACGAAAUUCUGUGAAACUGAAGGAUAUCAUGAAGAAGAUAUUAUAUCUAGGAAACACAUUAAAUCAAGGAACAGCCAGAGGUUCUGCAGUUGGAUUUAAGUUGGAUAGUCUUUUAAAACUUUCUGAUACACGUGCUAACAAUAGGAUGACACUCAUGCAUUAUCUCUGUAAGGCUCUAGCUCAAAAGUCACCUUCACUGAUGGACUUCCAUGUGGAUUUUGUUAGUCUAGAAGCUUCUUCAAAGAUACAAUUGAAGGCUUUAGCAGAUGAAAUGCAGACUAUCACAAAGGGAUUAGAAAAAGUAAAGCAAGAACGGAUUGCAUCUGAGAAUGAUGGUCCUGUAUCUGAAACGUUCCGCAAGACACUAAAGGAAUUCAUUGGAGCCGCUGAAGCAGAAGUGACAUCUUUGACAAAUUUAUAUGCUGUAGCGGGCAGGAAUGCAGAUGCACUAGCCCUGUAUUUCGGUGAGGAUCCUGCACGUUGUCCAUUCGAGCAAGUUGCUACGACCCUGUUAAACUUCACAAGGUUGUUCCAGAAAUCCCAUGAGGAGAAUUUGAAACAGGCUGAGCUUGAAAAGAAAAAAGCUCAGAAGGAGGCUGAGACAGAGAACGCGAAAGAAACCAACCACACAGAGACUCAAACCGAUUGAAUUACUUCACACUUGUGAAAUUUAUCCUUAUGAUGUGCUUGGUCCAUCUUCAGGGCGUGCAGAUUCUCAUUGUGAACCAUGCAAGCCCUCUGGAUUUUGUGGUAUGUAAAGAAAGGGCAUUAUCGAGGGGUUGUGAAUAUGAUACAGGAUGGACAGCUCUAGCUCUACACAGAAAGCUGAAGGGUUAGUAGGUGUGUUGUUUGGACUGUCCAAUGGGUUUUACAGACUAAAAAGACACCUGAAUCUUGUCUCAUUGGGAGAGAUUCUCUACAUUAUCAUACAGAUCGUAUUCCAGUCAAAAACACAUCUGGAGAUGCAUUUCAUGAGCGGCCACAGGGUUUGCGAUGAUUUUCAUCCUUCAGCAAUCAGCACCAGAGGUAUUUCCAUCAAAACUGUAAAACAUGCUAGAGGACCAGAACAUAGAAUGAACCAUGUACAAUGCCGGGCCUUGUACCCAACAGGUGACAUAUUCUUUCAUUGUAAAAUAGGAGAGGUCCCUUUUCAUAGGCAAAAUUUUGAUGGGAACGGUCGUGCAAUUCUUUGUACAGAAGUCAGGAUUAGGCAAGGAUAUAUAGAAAGAUAGGAAAUGUUAGUGUAGCUUUGUAAAAGAUAGGUCACAGGUUAGAUUCCUCUUCUUUGCUAGUUGCAAUUUUUUAUCAAUUAAUUUAUUAAUACAAAAUUUUCCCGUUUGUG